AUGUCUUCUAAUAAAAGACGAAAGGUUGAUAGUGAGUGUCGGGUUUUUCAAACAAAGUGGGAACUUUCGUAUUUUUUUAUUGAGUGGAAGGGCAAACCACUUUGCUUGAUUUGUAAUCAAACAAUUGCUGUAUGCAAGGAGUUCAAUUUGAAGAGACACUAUGAAACCAACCAUAAAGAGAAGUUUGACACGUUCUCCAACGAGAUAAGGCUAGAAAAACUAGGAUCUUUAAAAGGUAAACUUAAGGGGCAGCAAUCGUUCUUUACGAAGGCCAAAACCGAUAGUGAGAAUGCUAUGAGAGCUAGUUAUGUAAUCGCACUAAAAAUUGCAAAGAAAUCAAAACCUUUUAGUGACGGCGAAUUUGUAAAAGAAUGUAUGUUAGAUGUGGCUGAUAUUUCAUUCGCAUUUCAGAAACAAGUUAUCCAAGAUAUACCCUUAUCAAGAAAUACCAUUGCUGCCAGAGUUAAUGAGUUGGCAGAUAAUUUGAAUAACCAACUUAAAAACAAAAUUAAAGAAUUUAUGUUUUAUUCCAUUGCUGCAGAUGAAAGUACUGAUAUUAAAGAUACAGCACAGCUUGCUGUGUUUAUUCGUGGAAUCAAUAAAGAUUUUAUCAUUACCGAAGAACUAUUAAAAUGUCUACCUUUGAAGGAUACUACUACGGCUCAAGAUAUUUACCAGGCGAUUGAGCAAUUAAUUUCAAUUAAUAAACUCGAUUGGGGAAAAUUAUACAGUAUUACGACUGACGGUGCACCAGCCAUGGUUGGAAAAAAUACCGGUGUUGUUACGAAAUUACGUAAGAAAAUUUCAAAUGAAGCUACACCUGAACACAAGUUUAUUGGAAUUCACUGUAUCAUUCAUCAAGAGUCCUUGGCAUCUAAAAUACUUAAAAUGGAUCAUGUCAUGAAACCAAUAAUUAAAAUUAUAAAUUUUAUUCGAAGCAGAGGCCUAAAUCACCGCCAAUUCGCACAAUUUUUAAAAGAUCUCGAUGAAACACAUUCAGAUAUUCCAUACUUUACAGAAGUUCGUUGGCUUAGUCGCGGUGCAAUGCUAAAGCGAUUUUUCGAAUUGCGCCAACAUAUUGUUACUUUUAUGGCUCAAAAGGGAAAACCAAUUAAUCAUAGCGACGAAUGGUGGCUUGAUUGCGCUUUCUUGGUAGAUAUGACGGAACAUUUUAACAACUUAAACGUUAAACUUCAAGGAAAAAACACAAUUGUCACCCACAUGUACUCAAAUAUACAGGCCUUUGAGAUGAAGUUAAAGUUGUUGGAGUCUCAGUUGCGAGAGCAAGUACUUCACCACUUUCCUAGCAUUCGAGCAUGCGGUACCCACAAUGCAGAAAAACUAGCGGAAUUUUUUAAUCUUUUGCUUGAUAUUAUAGCGGAGUUUGAAAGUCGUUUCGUAGAUUUUCGCGUACUGAGUUCCUAUGAAUUUCCUCUAUUUAAUAAUCCAUUCACCUUUGAAGUUGACAAGGCGCCAACAUACAUGCAAAUGGAACUAAUAGAUUUACAAUGUGACACUGUUUUAAAAGACAAGUUCAGCGAAAUUGAUAUUUUGUCAUUCUACUCAAAAUAUUUUAAAAGUAAUGACAACUAUCCCAACAUGAAGAGACAUGCUGCCCGUAUUUUAUGUAUGUUUGGAAGUUCAUACAUAUGUGAACAGAUGUUUUCAACAAUGAAAAUUAACAAAUCCCAACACCGUUCCAGACUGACAGAUGAACAUCUACAGGCGAUUCUUAAAAUCAGUACAUCUAAUUUGACACCAAACAUCGACGGCAUAAUGAAGCUGAAACGAUGUCAAGUAUCUGGCUCAUCAAAAUAG